AUGCUGCCUAGCUAUCAAGUGGAAGGUUCACAUAAAACAGAAUAUGAGGUGACACAGUUCAACGGUAGGAUGAGAUUAUUAACACAUGGUAGAGAUGGCCAAUGGCUUGGAGCUUCACUGGAUGUCAAUAGAGACGCAGGCAUUGUGACAUGCGCUAAUCGCUGGUAUAACAAACAAGGUAAAGUUGGUCAGAUCUACUACAUGACUGGACUGUGCUACAAAAUACCUCUAAAUUUCAACAAAAAUAACAUCAAGAAGAUCCCCGGGCUUGUUGGGCUUAACAAGCAAACAAUGAAUGAUCCCAGAACAAACAUCACAAAACUCAAUAACGGCAUGGGCGCUCUAGGUUCGUCUGUCCACUAUUCAAGUAAGGGAGAAUAUCUAUUAUUAGGUGCCCCGGGCUUGUGGUAUUUUACAGGGGGCUUUAUAGACCUGCACCGUUCCGAUGCAUUGAUCACAGAGAACAUAAAACCACCCACAGAGAGAAACGAAAUGGCGG